AUGUCUGCUGCACUGUCUUACCGAAUCUAUAAGGGUGCUCUCCUCUUGACUGCCUUCUUGACCGCCGCUCAGGCACAGCAAGUUGGCACCUCAACCACUGAGACUCACCCAUCAUUGACCUGGUCGAAAUGCACGAGCAGUGGAAGCUGCACCACGCAGAGUGGUUCAGUCGUCAUCGAUGCCAACUGGCGUUGGGUCCACAACGUUGGUGGCUAUACUAACUGCUACACUGGCAAUACCUGGGAUGCGACGCUCUGCCCUGACGAUGUUACCUGCGCGGCCAACUGCGCACUGGACGGUGCCACAUACGAAGCAACCUAUGGUGUCACUACCAGCGGCGAUGCGCUUCGUUUGAACUUCGUCACUACUGCCUCGCAGAAGAAUAUUGGAUCCCGUCUGUACCUGAUGGAGGAUGACACGACCUACCAGAUGUUCGAUCUGUUGAAUCAGGAGUUCACGUUCGAUGUUGACGUCUCGAACCUUCCCUGUGGAUUGAACGGUGCCCUCUACUUCGUCGCUAUGGACUCCGAUGGUGGCAUGGCUCGAUUCCCUACGAACGCAGCUGGAGCCAAAUACGGAACCGGUUACUGUGACUCUCAGUGCCCCAGAGACCUGAAGUUCAUCGAUGGUCAAGCCAACGUUGAGGGCUGGACUCCCUCUACAACUGAUGUGAACUCGGGUAUUGGUAACCACGGUUCCUGCUGCGCAGAGAUGGAUAUCUGGGAAGCCAACUCGAUCUCAAACGCGCUCACUCCUCACCCUUGUGACACUGCAUCCCAGACUAUGUGCGAGGAAGAUGCUUGCGGUGGCACUUACAGUUCCGAUCGCUACGGCGGCACUUGCGAUCCUGAUGGAUGUGAUUUCAACCCCUACCGCAUGGGCAACACCUCAUUCUUUGGUCCUGAUAAGAUCGUCGAUACCUCGUCCGUCUUUACUGUAGUGACUCAAUUCAUCACAGAUGACGGUACCUCCUCGGGUACCCUGAGUGAGAUCAAGCGUUUCUACGUGCAGGACGGAGUUACUAUCCCCAACUCCGUGUCCACCAUCAGUGGUGUGAGCGGUAACUCUAUCACCACGGACUUCUGCACGGCCCAGAAGACCGCCUUCGGUGAUGAAGAUGUUUUCGCUACCCACGGAGGCAUGGCAGGUAUGAGUGCCGGUCUUGCCGAAGGCAUGGUUUUGGUCAUGAGUCUCUGGGAUGACCACAACUCCGACAUGCUCUGGCUGGACAGUAUCUACCCGACGAAUGACACCUCAACUACCCCCGGUGCUGCCCGUGGUACCUGCGACAUCUCAUCUGGAGACCCGGCUACUAUUGAGACCUCUGAUGCAAGCGCCUAUGUCAUUUACUCGAAUAUCAAGGUUGGCCCUAUUGGCUCCACCUUCUCCUCCGGCUCCAGCUCGGGCAGCUCUUCAAGCACUACUUCAAGCACUACUUCAAAGACCACGUCGACAUCUACAAAGACUACUUCCACGUCCACCACAUCCACCACUUCCACAAAGACCACUUCCACUUCGACCAAGACUAGUACCACGAGCACUAGCACCACCGGUGCUGCUCACUACGCGCAGUGCGGUGGAAUCGGAUGGACUGGCGCCACCACCUGUGUUAGUGGCUACACCUGCACUUACGAGAAUGCCUACUAUUCACAGUGCCUGUAG